AUUAAAUUAGAUGAUAAGUCCCAAUUUCAAACACUAAUUACAUUUAAAUUAUGUAAAUAACAUUUUAUUAUAAAAAAAUGUUCAAUUACAAAUAAUACCAAAUAUUUAAAGUACAUUAAGAAAACGUUCUAGUCAUUUUUAAUCUAUAAAAUCAACAUGUCUCUAUCCGGGCUGCCUCCGCUGCCGAAGAGCCUCAGCGGCUUCAAAUUAUCCGAGUACCAAUCUCAGUUACCGCCUACACCAGUGAGAACAUCGUCCGCGAGGUCUACGUCCUCGCAUUCCUCCAGUUCAAUGUUGUACGAGCCCUCCGUUCAAUACGUGAGCAGCUCGAGGAAAACCACCAGCUUGGACGCCAAGCUGACCGUUCUGAAGCAAGAAAUGUACAAUCUCAGACAGCUGGACUUGUCUGUACUCUCGCAACUGUGGGCGUUGAACAAGUCCCUCCAGGAGUUCAGGCAAAUGCUCGAGGAGCAGGAGGACAGGAUUCUCUCGCCCCCUUCGCCCUCGCCGACGCCGUCCUCCGGCGAAGACGUCGACGGGGAGGAGUACUACAUGUCAGCCACCUCGUUGAGCUACAGGUCACCCGCCCCGAUGGUUCCCGGCCGGAGGACCAGCAAUUCCUCGAAUACGUCCAGCUUAGGUUAAAGCAUUGUGAUUACGAAAAGGUAUUAUAACCGUUUCAUACGAGUCAUUCCAAAUGUGAGCGAAUUUAUAUCGAAAUAACUUGUUUGUCGAUGUUGU